UAUACCCUACGGUGAAACACAGGUCAUGCUUGCUUUACGUAACACACAAAAGCAUCAUGUCCCGUUUAAAGUUCAUUGGAGAUAACCGCCCCUUAAGUGUGUAUACAGUUUUAGGACAGCGGCGGCCAUGCGUAUAUAGGAUCGAAGUGCAAGGGAAUUUGUAGUAGUACACAUGGUAUUUACCACAGCAUGGCCUUGACUUGAACCAGAGGAGUGAUAUCAAAUAUACAGUUGUUAUGCAGCUGGCAUACAAUCCAACAGAAUAGACUAAACAAAGUGGAACACAUGACAAUGGAUGAAAAAUUAGGGAUUGUGGAAGAAAUAAAAAAAUCAGGAGAUGUUCCGAUGUACGACAGUGUCGAGAGGCGGACUUCAGACAGAGCUGAGUUGGAAGGAGAAAUUCAAGAUGGCCACCUCAGUGCACCGAGCAGCAAGGGUUCAGCCUCCUCGUCCUCUGUGGCAUCGACCUACUUUGAGAACAAAAUACCGAUUCCAAAAACUGACUCUUACAAGUUCAGCUUCAGGAAGCUGUGGGCGUUCACAGGUCCUGGGUGGUUGAUGAGUAUUGCUUACUUAGACCCUGGUAAUAUUGAGUCUGACCUGCAGUCAGGGGCCAAGGCACAGUUUAAGUUAUUAUGGGUGCUCCUAGGGGCCACAAUCCUGGGCCUGCUGCUACAGAGGCUGGCGGCCAGACUGGGGGUGGUGUCGGGAAUGCACCUGGCAGAAGUAUGUAACAGGCAGUACCCUAAGAUCCCCAGGGUGAUCCUGUGGGUCAUGGUGGAGAUUGCCAUUAUAGGAUCUGACAUGCAGGAAGUAAUAGGGACGGCAAUUGCAAUAUAUCUACUUUCUAAUGGAGUUAUAAAAUUAUGGGCAGGAGUGUUAAUAACCAUAGUGGACACCUUUACUUUCCUCCUUCUGGACAAGUAUGGCCUGCGGAAACUGGAAGUGUUCUUUGGUUUCCUUAUUCUAAUCAUGGCAGUUAGUUUUGGAUAUGAGUACAUUGUGGUUGCGCCAGACCAGGUCCAGGUAUUGAAGGGGAUGUUCUACCCUAACUGUGAGGGCUGUGGUACUAAGCAGAUACUACAGGGAGUGGGCAUAGUGGGAGCCAUUAUAAUGCCACAUAAUAUAUACCUACACUCGGCUCUGGUCAAGUCUAGAGAUAUAGAUCGGUCAAAGAGAGAAAAUGUCCGAGAGGCCAACAUGUACUAUUUCAUAGAAGCAGGGGUGGCUCUCUUCGUUUCUUUCCUCAUCAAUGUGUUUGUGACAUCAGUGUUUGCUGAGGGUUUUUAUGGAAAGACUGCUCAAGACAUUUAUCAAGGUUGCAUUGCUCAUGACAACCCCCACUCCCACGUGUUUAAUACUAGUAGUAAUACAAGUUAUCCAGAGGUUGACAUAUACAGAGGAGGUGUGUUUCUUGGCUGUACAUUCGGACCAGCUGCCAUGUAUAUUUGGGCUGUGGGAAUUUUGGCUGCAGGACAGUCUUCUACAAUGACGGGGACAUAUGCCGGGCAGUUUGCAAUGGAGGGUUUUCUAAAUCUGAAAUGGAAACGCUGGCAGCGGGUUCUGCUGACGCGGUCCAUAGCCAUUCUUCCCACAGUGCUCCUGGCGGCGUUCGAGGGUAUUGAGCAAUUGACAGGGAUGAACGACUUCCUCAAUGUUUUGAUGAGUCUGCAGCUCCCUUUUGCUCUCAUUCCGAUCCUCACAUUUACUAGCUCGGAUGCGGUGAUGGGUGAAUUUAAAAAUGGAAGGCCAAUGCAAGUGUUCACAGCUCUAUUAGCCCUCCUGGUAAUCUGUAUCAACCUGUUUUUUGUGUCUUCCUAUAUAUCUGAACUUCCCAACCACUGGGCCAUAUAUCUGGCUAUUGCACUGGGGAUAUUCAUAUACAUGGGGUUUGUAGGAUAUUUGGUAUGGUUUUGUCUGGUGAUAUUAGGAUUGAAACAGCUGCUAAAUGUACAGUGCUGUCCUAAAUUCCUCCAACCAACAAGCUACGAGUUGGACUCAGAACGGGCAACAACAAGAUUGAACUUUGAUCUUAAUGCCGAAGAUGAGGAGUGACAGAGUCAGAAAUAAUGGUUAUUUUUGUUAAUCCUAGAUAUUGUUACUUAAAAAUGCAUCACACAGUAUGCAUAUCAGGACUGUCCUUUGGAUUGUCAUAUUGUUGGGAGAUGUUCAAUUAUAUGAAGUUGGAAUUGUCUCUAAGUGGUACACUGUCUCUGAAUGUGAUACUUUUAAAUUAAUCAAAAUUGUUGUUACAGUAAUACUUAUAAGAAAUUUUUCCACUGAGAUUCGGUAUAAUUGAAAUCUAUACCAGUCCAUUGAAAUGAAAGUGAUUUAAAAUCCUCAUUCACACAAACUGUUGGAGUUGAAAAAAUACAGUCAACCAUUUACGUAUUUCAUUGAACUGUACCUGAGGAUUUGAAUAAUUACAACAAUUUUAUCAUUAACCAAGAGAAGA